AUCUGACCUACACAACCAAGCUUGAUCCCUUCUUUCUUACAUUUCUAUUCUCUUUGAUUUUAAAACUUCCACUCUUCCCAAAUGGCACCUACAACAGCCAACGUUGCCGAUGAAGCCAAAGUAGCAAGCAUCAAGACACUAACCGGCUCCGAACUGAACUCUGUACCGUCGGAGUACACCUACGUCAAGAACCCCAACGACCAAGGUGAUGCAAGCGCCCCAGAACACUCUAUUCCCACCAUUGAUUUUGCUCAACUCACCUCCAGCUCCCCCGAACUCCGGUCCAAAGCCAUUGAAGAGAUUGGCAGAGCUUGCCAGGAAUGGGGCUUUUUUCAGGUUGUCAACCAUGGUGUACCUGAGAGCCUGAUGAAAUCAAUGAUCGAUGCGUGCCACAAAUUUUUUGAACUUCCUGAGGAGGAGAAGAAGGAGUUCCAAUCAAGGAAGCUGUUGGAACCAAUCAAGUGCGGGACAAGCUUUAACGUUGCCAUCGACAAAGUUCGUCUGUGGAGGGAUUACCUCAAGGUCAUAGCACAUCCCGACUUCCACUCACUCCACAAACCCGCCGAGUACAGCGACGUUUCAAUGGAGUUCAGCAAACAAACUCGACAAGUUGCUACCGAAUUGUUGAGUGGAAUAUCAGAGAGCCUAGGGUUGGAGUCCGAGUACAUAGCCAAAGCUAUGAACUGGGACCGCGGCCUACAAAUCCUCGCCGCUAACUAUUAUCCGGCGUGUCCACAGCCCGAUCUAGCCAUCGGAAUCCCCCCUCACACCGAUCACGGACUCGUAACUCUCCUUAUUCAGAAUGACAUGGGUGGCCUUGAGGUUCAGCAUAAUGGCCAAUGGGUCCUUGUUGAUUGUGCUCCGGGUUCUUUUGUCGUUAACAUUGGUGACCAAAUGCAGAUCUUGACUAACGAUAAGUACAAGAGCGUAUGGCAUCGGGCUGUUGUGAACAACAGAGCUACAAGGAUCUCCAUAGCUGUGCCACAUGGACCUGCACUUGACACUGCUGCUCUGCCAAUCCCGGAGAUUUUGGGUGGCGAAGCACCAAAAUACAUCGGAAUGUCCUAUGAAGCGUUCAUGGAACUUCAGGCAAGCCCCGCGGCUUACAUGAUGCCUUGUUUAGAUCACCUGCGAGUCAAGGCCGAGUGAACAUGCAAGUCUUUGGUGACUACAUGACUUGUUAUAUAUAUAUGCUUUCUCAUUAUAUUUAUCUUUUUUAUUUCUAUGAAUAGUACGUAUUUCAAUAGACAAUUGUGAAUGUGCUCAUGUAUCAUGUCUGAGCGAGAGAUUUCAAUAGUUGUAUCAUGUAGCACGAGUUCCGAAUUAAUUAUACUUAUAUCUUUCAUGU